AUGGCUCAGGAUGCGGAUCCGAACUUGCUUGCAUAUCUGAAGUCCCUCGAUGCUUUAAACCUCAGUGCUGAGGAGAAGGACUUGCGGCUGGAUCGUUUUUGCAAAGAGCGCGAGCACGAGGAGCGACAAGCACAAGCACAAGCACAAGCACAAGCACAAGCACAAGCACAAGCACAAGCACAAGCACAAGCACAAGCAGAACACGAGGAGCGCGAGGAGCGCGAGGAGUGCGAGCGGAACAAAGUGUAUGGAUACCUUGAGGAUCAUUUCGAGUUGCCUCAAAACUCUGGCCUUUUUGAGCAUCUGGCCAGCAUGUCAGCAGAGCAGCUCUCCCUGAUGUACUCUCGAUGCCAGGACCACAAAGUCUCCUGUGCCCUACUUGAGACCAAUUUGCCCAUUUCCGGGCACACUUGGGUUGAAAAGGCGUCAUCUUCAAACGCGGAAGCCUGUUUGCCUUCCAAGCCACCUUCGCAGACCCCAAAGAUUAGUGACAUCAACAACAAUGAGGAGGACGUUUUUGGUAUUGUGGAGCUGCCUCCAAGCUGCCAUUACUUGGCCCUUGAGAUUGUCCAGCGAGCUGCAGAGCUGUUGUCUGCUCGACUGCCUCAACAAGGCAUUCAUACCGAUUUGACAGCCGCACAUCAAACCCUCGUCAAGGCGCCUCACCUGAGGCACGAAUCGUACUACUCGACGCGAAUCUCCCUGGCUCUGCACGGGUUUUUGAAGCCUGUGAUCCUUAUGCACCGGGUGCCCAUCGGGAUGGGCACCAUGCCCGCUGACUGGGUGGGUUUUGACUCUGACCUGCACCCGGUCGUCAUGGGCAAGUGCAAAGAGCAUUUCAAGCACUUUGACAACUUUGGUGGCCACGUGGGCAACCAGAUUGUGCGCCUUGGCAUCCUGCCGACAAAGUACAACAUUCCACAGGAGAGGCAACACCUGUUCUAUCCGCUCAUCAACAUCAAUGUGUGUGAUGACAUUGUGACCGCUUAUCUGGUCCUGCACUUGACCUGCCAGGAGACAGUUGCUCUGGUUGAAAAGAUGACGGGCCUCAAGAAGGCAUACCAUCUGGCUUUUCUCCGACUUGGAUCCGCUCAGAUUUCCACCGACCGCAACGACCAGCGGGCUGUCUGGGCGCUUUUGACAGCUUGCAACGAGUUUCUGUCGGGUCCCUUGCGUGAUAUCAUCCAGUAUUGUCGUACCAAAAAAACUCAAUUGCCGUUUGCCUCCGAGCCCUUUCCCUGCCCGGCUCGGGGCAUGGAAGAGUGGACCUGCAUCGAAACGUCCGGGGCCAAUGUGCAGCAGUACGAACAUGCCAGUGCCGGGUCGUGGGUUGUCAAGCACUACGACUAUUGGGGCUGCCAACCUGGGGCCUUGGGUACAGAGGCGUACCAGAUUGAUUCCCGUGAUGCCCGCCCACCACCAUCACUCAAGCUGCUCCAAGCGCUUGGCCAAUUGCCAAAGGCGGGCAAGUUUUACCGGGCGUGGGUGGUGAAGGAGCUUGCGACCGAGGUAGUGCUCCUCCGAUACCCACGAGUGCAGACAGCCCCUUGCGGUCCCAAUGCGCAGCUCCAGCUGAUCGAUGUCACGAAGCAGUUGCAAGUGUUGCAUAGCCUUGGCUUUGUGCACGGCGAUAUUUUGCCUCGCACCAUUCUUUUUUGCAACAACUGGCAGCCAGAGGAUUGGAUGUUUCAGCCGCCAAGCUGGGAGAAGGAGGGGCAGCACAGCUCCGAAGCUAUGCCCAGCGCAUCUCCACAGAGUCGAGAGUCCUCAGCGGAAUCAGCUCCAGCGGAAGCAGCCUCAGCGGAAGCAGUUCCAAUGGAAGCAGCUCCAGUGGAAGCAGGCCUGGUCAAAGAAGCUGUGCAAACUGAGAUGGCGACAGUCGAGCAGCCGAUGGCUUUUCUGAUUGAUUUUGACUUGGGUGGCUUUCUCAAAGAAAAAGCAACGUAUGCCCCAAGCUACAACCACAAAGACGACCUUGAAAAGUACCGCCAUCCGGAUGCUAGGCCAAAUCAAGAACUAAGAAAGUCGCACGACGGCUAUGCAUUGGCUCGCGUGGCCGAAGAUAUGCUGGAGGACAACGACGCUCGUAAGAAGCUGGUCGAGGCGUUGGAGGCGGUCAAGUUGGACGAGGCGAUCAAGUUGUGCAAGGCCUGCACUGGCCGUCAAGGGUGA